AUGUUGUCCAAAGGGGAAGGUGGUAAAAAGAGUGGUGAAGAGGAGACCAAGUUGUUAUUAAAAGAUGUUGAAGCUAUAAGCAAAGAUCUCUACAUGGAAAAAAGCUAUUCCAGGAAUUCAACAUCAACAGGGAAAAAAUCUGGAUCAAAAUCCACCGAGAAAGCCCGGUCACCUGAUCCCAAAUCAAAGCCUAAAGCCAGUAAAGAAGAUGACUUGCGCAAGGAUAAGAAGUCUAUAUGGAAUUGGAAGGGAUUCAAGGCCCUUUCAUUCACCCGCAAUAGGAAGUUUGAUUGUAGUUUUUCUCUACAAGUUCAUUUGAUUGAAGGGUUGCCUUUGAGUUUCAAUGAUUCUAGCAUUUGUGUGUAUUGGAAGAGGAGGGAUGAGGUUUUGGUGACUACUCCAGCCAAGGUCAUUGAAGGUGUAGCUGAGUUUCAAGAGAUGUUGACUUAUACUUGUCCAAUCAAUGGAAGUAGGAGUGGACCCCACAAUUCUGCAAAAUAUGAAGCUAAGCAUUUUUUGCUCUAUGCUUCUGUGGUUGGUGCGCCAGAACUUGAUUUAGGGAAGCACCGGGUGGAUCUCACAAGGUUGCUUCCUCUCACACUGGAAGAUCUUGAAGAGGAAAAGAGCUCAGGGAAGUGGACUACAAGUUUUAGAUUAUCAGGAACGGCUAGGGGUGCAGCAAUGAAUGUCAGUUUCGGGUAUGUGGUGGUUGGUGAUAACACUGGUGUUGCCAGAGACAACCUUAGUGCUCCUUUUUUAUUGGCAUCGGGGGAAAAUAGUAUGGCUUUGAUGAAAUCAGAUAUAAAACCCAAUCGUACUGCAAGUUUGCCUUGUUUGACCAGUCAGUGUUCAUCUCAAAAUGUAGAUGAGGUAAAGGAUCUUCAUGAAGUUUUUCCAUCAUCAAAAUCAACACUAGCCAUCUCAAUAGACAUCUUAUGUAAGAAAUUUGAUGAAGAAAAGAUCCUUAGUCCUCUGCACAAUGAACCUGAACUUGAUGUAUUUAAAAAAUAUCUUGAGCCGAUCAAACCGGAUGCAUCUGAUAUUGAAAAAGAAAAGCCAGAAGAGCAUUCAGAAAAUCCUGAAGCGUGUGAAGGUAAUGGAUUUUCUGUUAUUGAUCAUGGCAUUGAAUUUUCAUCAAAUGAACAUGUUAAACUAGAGGAAUCCAUCGUAAAGGCUAUUGUUGAUGAUCAUACAGUUGAUAGUACCCGUACCCUUGAUACUGCUGGAAUACAAGUAUCUUUUCAAAAUGGCGUUAAACAGGAUUCCCUGGAUGAACUGAAUGAUAGUUCUAAGGAAAGUGCUGUGGUACAUGAAAUUUCUUACAGAAAGGAUGAUUUAUGCACGAAAGAACUUCUCCUGCAAGAACUAGAAUCGGCUUUAAAUAGUGUCUCAGAGUUGGAGACAGUGGCAUGGGAAUCUCCUAAAAUUCUGGAAGCCAAAUCUGAAUGUAAGAUGAGAAAGUCACAUAGCUUGGAUGAUGUUACAGAAUUAGUAGCCAGUGAAUUUUUAAGUAUGCUAGGCAUGGACUCUAGUCCAAUGGGCUUGAGUUCUGAAAGCGAGCCUGAGUCUCCAAGAGAGCUCCUUUUAAGACAAUUUGAGAAGGACGCUCUGUCUGAGGGCUUCAAUUUAUUUGAUUUUGACAUGGGCAAUGAUAAUGAAGCAGAUGGUGGCCGUGAUGCUUCUUUUGUAUCUGAACAGUUGAAGUUCUCUACAGGCAUUAAGUCACCAUCCUUGUUGCAAGGUCUGCAAGAAGGGCAUGUAAUCGAGUCUGAGGAUAUGAGGAGCAAACGCAAGGCCCAGAUGCUAGAAGACUUGGAAACAGAAGCCUUAAUGCGUGAAUGGGGUUUGAAUGAGAAGGCUUUUCAGCAUUCUCCACCGAAAGACGUUGCUGGUUUUGGAAGUCCAAUACAAUUACUACCUCAAGAGCCUCACAUAUUACCUCCUCUAGCAGAGGGGAUGGGUCCUUUUCUUCAGACAAAAGAUGGGGGGUUUCUACGAUCUAUGAAUCCCUCCCUUUUUAGGAAUACUAAAAGUGGUGGGAACUUAAUCAUGCAGGUUUCCAACCCCGUUGUGAUGCCUGCAGAAAUGGGUUCUGGGAUUAUGGAGAUUUUGCAGUGUUUUGCUUCAGUGGGAAUUGAAAAGCUUUCGAUGCAGGCAAACAAGUUAAUGCCUCUGGAAGAUAUCACAGGGAAGACAAUGCAACAAAUAUCAUGGGAAGCGGUGCCAGUCUUGGAGGGAACAGACAGGCAAUGCCAUUUGCAGCAUGAUUUGAUAACAGGGCAAGAUUCUACUUGCGUGCAAAGGGGCCUGAAAGGCAACCAGAGAGGCUCAGAGUUUGCUUCAUUGGAAGAUCUCGCUCCAUUGGCUAUGGAUAAAAUUGAAGCACUUUCAAUGGAGGGUUUGAGAAUACAAUCUGGGAUGUCGGAGGAGGAUGCACCAUCAAACAUCAUUGCACAAUCCUUUGGGGAUAUUUCAGCUCUCCAAGGCAAGGGGGUUAAUAUUAGUGAGUCCCUUGGCCUGGAUGGAUCUGCUGCUUUGCAUUUGUUAGAUAUAAAAGACAGCAGUGAAGGUGUUGAUGGGAUAAUGGGCCUAUCAUUAACUCUUGAUGAAUGGAUGAGGCUGGAUUCUGGUGAGUUUGAUGAUAUAGAUAAUAUCAGUGAGCACACUUCCAAACUUCUUGCUGCCCAUCAUGCUAACUCUUUUGACUUAAUCCGUGGGAGUUCAAAGGGAGCGAUGAAACGAGGCAAAGGCCGUGGCAUGAAAUGUGGUUUGCUGGGAAACAAUUUCACAGUAGUAUUAAUGGUGCAACUUCGUGAUCCUAUUAGAAAUUAUGAGCCUGUUGGAACACCAAUGCUGGCUCUUAUACAAGUCGAGAGAGUGUUUGUCCCACCAAAGCAAAAAAUUUACAGGUGUGUGUCUGAGGUGGGGAACAAUAAUGUCGAGGAUGAUGAGUGUGAAAUAGUACCUAAGGUGGUGAUGAAAGACAUCAAAGAGGAGAAAAGUUUUGAAGAGGAAGGCAUUCCUCAGUUCAGAAUUACAGAAGUCCACGUUGCGGGUCUUAAGACCGAGUCUCACGUAAAGAGGCUUUGGGGUAGUUCAAGGCAGCAACAGUCUGGUUCCCGCUGGUUGCUUGCUAAUGGAAUGGGGAAGAGCAAUAAGAAUCCAUUAAUGAAGCCAAAGGCUGCAUCUAAAUCUAGUGCUCCUGUCACCACAAACGUGCAACCUGGUGACACAUUGUGGAGCAUAUCAUCUCGUAUUUAUGGUACUGGAGCAAAAUGGAAGGAAUUGGUAGCACUAAAUCCGCAUAUAAGAAAUCCCAAUAUCAUUAUACAGAAUGAAACUAUUAGAGUACGUUAAAUGAUGAGUUGAAUGCGCGAUUCAGUUCUUUUUUCUUGAAGAUGGUUUUUCCUUAAGAUGGUAUUGUUGGAGUUGUUGCUUCAUUUAAGCCAUGUGAUUCUGAACUCGCUUGGGGGUUGUUUUGUAUGAGCAUCAAUCUAAGAGGACCUACCCUCGAGUAAAUGCGUUGUUGUACGAGAUAUGGAGUACACAAUGUCAUGGAUUUUAUUAAAACAAAAAAAGAGAGAGAGAUGGAUUUUACUGUAGGCACAUUUUUCUUUUGUAAAGCCGUUUG